UUCUGCCCUCUGUCUUUCUUCCUCUCUGUCUCUCCACUCCAUCCCUGUUCAUUUCUAUGUCUGUGUCCCCUCCCCGCCAUUGUUUUGCUUCUCAUUCUUCAUCUCUGCUCAUCUCUGCCCCAUUUCUCCCUGUCCCUCUGUUUCUGCCACCUUUCCCCACCCAUCCCUCUCUCCGGCUGUGUCUCUCCCCACCAGCCUGUCCAAAGCUGCUGACCUGGACCAUCACUGGGUGGCCAAGGCCUGGCUGAAUGACAUCGGCCUGUCCCAGUACUCCCAGGCCUUCCAAAACCACCUGGUCGAUGGGCGGAUGCUGAACUCCCUGAUGAAGCGGGACCUGGAGAAGCACCUGAAUGUGUCCAAGAAGUUCCACCAGAUCAGCAUCCUCCUGGGAAUCGAGCUGCUGUACCAAGUGAACUUCAGCAGGGAGGCCCUCCAGGAGCGCCGGGCUCGCUGCGAGACGCAGAACAUAGACCCCGUGGUCUGGACCAACCAGCGGGUGCUCAAGUGGGUGCGAGAUAUUGACCUGAAGGAGUACGCAGACAACCUGACCAACAGUGGUGUCCACGGCGCCGUGCUGGUGCUGGAACCCACGUUCAACGCUGAGGCCAUGGCCACGGCCCUGGGCAUCCCCAGCGGGAAGCACAUUCUCCGGAGGCACCUGGCGGAGGAGAUGAGUGCCGUCUUCCACCCGGCCAACUCCACAGGCAUCCGGGAGGCUGAGCGAUUCGGAACGCCCCCGGGGAGGGCCUCCAGCAUCACCCGGGCAGGGAAGGAGGAGAACAGCGGUGGGAUCAAGUACAAGACUGGCCGGCUGCCCCUGGGAAAGAUAGGAAGGGGCUUCAGCAGCAAAGACCCCGAUUUCCACGAUGACUAUGGCUCUCUUCAAAACGAAGAUUGCGGAGACGAUGACUCCCAGGGCAGGCCCGAGCAGUGCCGUCUGGAGGGCUACAAUGGCCUGGAGGUCACCAACGUGUAAGGAGCCGAUGCUCCACCAGACCCAACACAGAGAGACCCGGGGAUGAAGGACAGCCAGGGACUGUCGCUGUUGUACAUAGUGAUCUUGGCCUGAGGGUGCUCCUCUAGUCCCGGGAAAUCCCAGCAGACUGCUGUGACUGCGGAUGGGAACCCCGGGGAACGAGGGGGCACCAGCCUGCCUGACUUGAGCGGGCUGUGGACUUCCGUGCUCACUGGAGGGAGACUGGCCCAGAGGGCCCGUCAGGGUGCCCGGCACCUCUGUCAUCAAGGCUCCACCUCGGAGUGACUCAGCCACUGAGCAGUUCAAGUGGUCCUGGGAGCCUUGAACUGAGCCACCAGGAUGGAAAGAGGCACAGGGUUCCCCAAAACACCCUCCCAGGAGGAGCAGGUGGGACUCCAGCCAGACACGCAGAGGCCAGCAGUGAGCACCAGGAGCUAGCAAAGCUGGAGGCUGACGGGUCACCACGUGGACCCUUCUGGCCAGCCUGGCGGAGGUCUCAGCUCCAGCAUCCAUGCCCCCCAUGACCAAUAACUCGGCUUCUGACUUGUAUUACUGAAUCUCUCUUGGGAGAAGGCAAAACGGGAAGGUCAUUCCCAUCCUAAAUGCCGUGUGUCACAUCCGGGUGGACAUGUUAAAGGGCUACGUGCUCCCUCCUCCCGGGAGUGGCUGUCCUGGGUGUCACCUGGGAGGCAGGUGACAUCCCUGCGGGGGUGGGGCUGAGCAGUGACAUUGCCAGGAAAUGCAGAUAUCUGGUCAUCAGGAUGAAGGAUAUCAUGUCGAUAGGAUCGGAGUUGACUGGGUUAGGUCCGUGACAACUGUACCAAGUGUGACAGUGGGUUUGGGACUGGGAACAGGGAAACGGUUGUCAUUAUUAACCCAGCAAACCUUGUUGUGACGUCUGUCACCUGACACACAGGUGUGCUCGCCAGUAUCCUAAUUGAGCUGAAUCUCACAGGUCGCUAAGGUGGUGCAGAGGAUCCCCAGCCCUCUUCUUGACUCUACUACUGUUUUGCUGUGUGGCUUCUUCCCAGUGGCCUCACCUCUCUGUGCCUCAAUGUCUUCAUCUACAAUACUUCUGGUUCCCUUCCAGGGAUGUUGUGAGGAUUAACACUUGCUAACGUCUGUAACACUUUGUAACCUCUCAGGAGACAGGUGGGAAGUUAUGGGGUCCAGGGUGGGUGUCUACUUUCCCAUUUACAACACAGAACUGAUACUGUACUGAUGUAGUACUGGUUCUCUCCGCCUGUUUUUUGUUGUUGUUGUUUUUGUUUGUUUGUUUUGGGGGCCGGACCGCACGGCAUGCGGAACUUCCCCGACCAGGGAUUGAACCUGCACCCCCUGCAAUGGGAGGGCAGAAUCUUAACCACUGGACCACCAGGGAAGUCCUCUCCAACUGUUCUGAUUGGAGCAACGUGCAAAAGGAGGGCAAGAAAUGUUUAAUGUUCAGACUCUCUAGAGCCCCCAGUAGGACUUGACUUCCCCAAAAGAGGAAAAUCCCACGUACAUAACCCUUGAAAAUGAGUUUGAUCUAUGUGCUCAGGCUUGAGUUCAUUGACCUCGAUGCUGAGGAAUGAUUAGGGAAGGGCACGUGGCAUUGGAGUUCUACUUACACUUAGGUUAUCAAAGCAAAUCAUUUGUUGGAACCACGAUGCUCGACUUCCAUUGAAGCCUUUGGCACCAACAGUCUAUAAGAGGUUUGAAUUUCCAGGACUAGAAGCAGGGUCAGCCUCCAAGAACCGUCAAAGCACGUUCUUCAACCCAGUGAAUUACUUCCCCUCAAGGAAAAGCACAACCCGAGGCCUGAUGAACUUGAGAAUUCCUCCUCCCUGAGGCCGAUGGUUUCCUGACCUUGGUUUCCUAACCUUAACACAAGCACAGCUUUUCUCACCACCGGAAACCAAAUGCCUAGUUGUGGACACGUGGAUGCCCCCUUUUGUCUGAACGUUUGGCCUCCUAGGGACACAUUUCUGAUUCCAGGGCCCAAGGGGUGAAGCUCUGGAACAAGGGGUGAAGCUUUGUGGAGGUUCCAAACCCAGUAACUUCAUGACGUUCAGCUACACACACGGGAUCGGAGGCUGCAGAGCCCGCAGCCGGAGAGAGGAGUUAAAACCUCCCUCUAACCUGAUGCCACAGGCCACUCCCGAGCCAGCAUCCAGGCUGGCGGAGCCGGCACCCCAGGAUCUGCCUCUCGGGAAGGAGCAAACCCAGAAGGCAGUUAUUCCCGCAGGGUGAGCAGGAAUGGCAAACCGACAGGUGCCUGGGUGCAGGUCUGAUUAUUUGAAACCAAUGCAUUGUUCCCCGACUUGGGGACAAGAUGGGCAAGCGGACAGUUGGGGGGGGGGUCACUGGCAGGGAUGGCAGUGCCCAAAACAUUCGCAGCACUGGGCCGGCAGGCCUGGGGCAACGUGGGUAAACUCGGAUGGGCCUUUUGGUCCAAACGGUGCCCUAAGAGCACGUUCUCGCCUCCCAGAUGCUCUGUAUCCCUGGCCCCCAGGCAAGCGUUUGGAUGCUUUGCAACAUGAGGAUGGGUUGGCUGAUAAAUGAACGACCUCCGUACAGGGUUAAAUCAGGUGAGCUCUGUCUGCUGGGAAAAUCCUAAACGUCGACUCUGCUUCAAGAGCGGGCAAGAAGAGCAGGGGGUGCAGACUUGGCAGAGAGGUUCUGGAAGCGGUUAACAAAGGCUGGCAGAGCGGCCGCCCACAGCACAGUGACCUGCCACAUCCUGUCCAAACGGCCCGAGUCAUGGUCUUGGUCCUUAAAGGGUGACAUGGCAUCUGGACCUCAGAACCAUGUGAAUGUGCUUCUGUGAGAGCUGUUGUCACCUGCACCCAUGGGUGCUGCCAGAGGUUGGGGAGAACCAGGGUAGGCAGAGACACCCCAUAUUCCUCUCAGAAGCUGGGGACCAGAGCCGUCAGAAGGCACCAGCUUUCUGACCCCAGACGCCUCUUGUCUGUGGACAAGUCUCUCUUGUCUUGGGCUGAGCUGGGCUUUCCUCCGAGAAAUCUGUCCGUGUCAGCCUCGCAAUCAUCAGAGCCCAGGCUGCAGGAGGCAAGGAGAAGCCACAGGAGAACCUGGACCAGAUGAAGUCGAGGAGAAGGGGUCUCCACGCAGCCCAGCCAGCAUGGAAGGGCCUCAGAACAGUGACCCCCAAUCUCUAGGUCACCAGACGGGGCUGAGUCCGGCAGAACAGGACGAUUUGGCAAGAUGUGACUUCCGUGUUCGGUGCUCCAAGCCUAGCUCUCCCCCUUCCCAUCACAACCCAUAUUUUCUGGGCACUGUCACUUCUGCUCUGCCCUUCGAGGUUCCAACGGGCUCCUGGCAGUGGAGUGGCAAGAAAAAGAAACCUUGUGGGAAAUAGCAUCUUCUGACACUAACAUCAUUCCCAGUGGUUGGCUGAUGAGAAUUUCCUGAGCCCUGACACCCCAGGGAGUCUGUGGGUGCAAAGGAAACGAGUUGUCCAUGAGCUAAGAUGAUGUUCCUGACCUUUAGUUACUGAUCAUGGCCCGGAAUGUCUUCCCAAGAGUGAAUUUUAACACUGUAACA